AUGACGAUGAUGAUACCAAUAUGUUGGAGGAUGAUUCGAGUGAUAGCGAUCCUCUUUAGCACUACUUCUAAACUUAUUUAUUUGAAUACGCCAUCUUGUGGCAUCACCAAGACUAAAUACAUUAACUGGAUUUCCAUUACCCAAAUUUGGUCGGUUCUACAAUAUACCCAACAAUCAAUUGAACUAGAGAUUUCGAAACUAUCGUUGGAGUUUUUUAUCUUAAGAAUUAUCAAAGCGAGACAAACGGCUGGCAACAGACUUAUGCAGCAGAAAUUAUGUCAAUUUAGCCUUAGGCUCUCGGUUGUGUUUUCAACUAUGAUAAUGAUGUGUGUGUAUCCGGGAAGUUCACCAAUCUGUCGCAGGAAUUGCCGCUCUUAUAAUGAGCUAACGCAAUCCUGGUCUCAUCUAUUAUCGGUUUACACCUUUGCCUCUCAAAUCAUGGCAAUAGCCCAGGCAACUGUUUGCUAUAGGGGCCGUGGACCACCUUGUAGGCAGCCUUUUACUCCGCGAUGUAACCCAGGUUUGGGAGGAAUAUCAUCUCCAGUCAGACACCGGAUAACUGAGGUUUACGAACCUGGAUACGGUGGUGUAAACCAAACUCAGGUCAAGCUUUGGGUUAAUUACUUUGAAAUCCGGUGGCUCGGAUCGAUCGCUCUCUAUCGAUAUCAAGCAUUCCUUGACAAACGCAGGAGGUUGAAUGACACUUUCAGGGCACUGGAGCUUGAUAGGUUCCUCCGAAAGGUUCGGGUGCAGAUAUCGUACCUGAUGGAAGGGGAUCACCUAUUCACGAGUGUUAAGACGAUCCAGUAUGUUGAACGACGAAAUAAUGUUAUUGGAUCAAUCGACAACCUGUAUGUAGCUCAUAAUAUCAACCUCCUUAAAAGAGAACAGAUAGUAGUAGACGUCGGGACGAAAGGAAAGGCUGUGUAUAUACCAGCUGAGCUUUGCCAUGUUGUUUCUGGCCAGGCUACUCGUCAUAGACUCUCGGCUAGGCAAACAAGUGACAUGAUUAGAGUGGCUUGCUGUCGCCCCAGGCCUAAUGCAAACGCUAUAGUUAAGAGAGGUCUACCGCUUAUGGGAAUGGCAUCAGAGGCAAAUGGCAUAAAAAGACCAGAAGAUUUUGGAAUUCAAGUUGCACGUAACAUGCUCGCCGUCGCUGGGUCAAUACUCUUGCCGCCGCAGCUUGUGUAUAAAUACCCAUUGAAAGUGACAAAGCCGGGAAGUUGGAACCUCUUGAAAAACGUUGCAUUUAAUCAGCUAGGUUUCUUUUGUCCAGACAGAGGCGUGGGAUGUCUUGUUAUUACACAUUCUCCAGGCAGAGAUACUCCCGAAACCGCAAAAUUCAUGGCAGAGCUCGGCCAGCAUAUGAUUAACUACGGAGUCAACUGGCCAGUGGAACAGAUAUCCACAGAUGCUAUCAAGCUAACACGAAGUGAGAAGGAGAAUGAAUUUACAAAAAAUUUCGCUGACGUGAAGUAUGGCUGCCAUACCCUCUGUGUGGUACCAAAGCCUCCGAAAAAUGGUGUCCCAGGCGCACCCUUGGAGAUCAACCUGCAACCCUCAUACCUGGCAAAUCUAGCUCUCAAAAUUAACCUAAAGCUUGGAGGCGUAAACCACCAACUUGAACCAAUACGCAAUUCCCAGUCGUCGUCUCGGGUUAUGUAUCUGGGGAUUGAUAUGACCCAUCCAACGGGGACCGAGUCCAUACCAGAUGCUCCAGCACACUACGUUGUCCUGAGAGAUGAAAGCAGUUUUACUGCCAACGAGCUGCAAACUAUGACACAUAACCUGUCAUAUGUCUUCGGGAGGGCUACAAGGUCUGUCUCGAUCGCAACCCCAGCAUACUAUGCAGAUAUCCUGUACGAAGGAGGGCGAUGCUAUCUUUACGAUACUUUUCAUCGCCGAGAUCACCUUGCUACUGCUCCGUAUGACGAGUCACAGUCUAAAUGGCUCUGGGGGGUACAUGAAGAUUUGGCGGAGACUCUGUUUUAUCUCUAG